CUCCUUAUCAGUUGUUUUAUAGAUCAGCGAGCUGCGCAUGCGCACUAGGUGCGCAGAAACCACUUCAAUGAACAAAGAAAAAUAUAUUUUCGGAAAAAGAAGAAAAUAGUUUAUAUCCAAUGUGUAGAAUACUCUAUUAUUAUCAUUGUACCUCUCAUUAGAACAUUCCUGUAGGGAUUGGUAAGGUUUUUUCUUGAGAUAAGUCCUUGAAUGCCUUUUCACGUGAAAGAGCGUAUAUAAGGAGUUCAGUCUUAGAAACCUCUGGCACUUUUAGAAGCAAAAAUAAACGUAGAGGAAUUAUCUGUAGUGUCCCGACAAUUAUAGUAGCCAUUAAAAAAUGGCAGCAUACACAUUACCGGAGGGAUUCUCCGAUUUUGACAUGUUUGCAUUCGGUUCAGCUCUUCUUGUUGGGGGUCUUCUUGGAUUCGUCCUCAACGCCAUUUCAAUAUUGGCCUAUAUUAGCGUAAAGCAAAUGCGAACUCCCAGUAAUUUUCUUGUGUUUAACCUUGCUGUGGCUGACAUUAUGCUCAAUUUAAACGGCCUGAUCGCUGCUUACGCCAGUUUAUUUUAUAGACACUGGCCCUGGGGCCAAGACGGAUGUAGCAACCACGCCUUCAUGGGGAUGACAGCAGUUCUGGCCUCUAUCAGUUUCCUGGCUACCAUCGCCUGGGACAGAUAUCACCAAUAUGUGACCAAUCAGAAGCUGUUUUGGAGCACGGCCUGGACUAUUUCAAUCAUUAUCUGGGGGUUGGCCAUCAUCUGGGCGGCCGUCCCUCUGAUUGGUUGGGGAGUUUAUGACUUUGAGCCCAUGAGGACCUGCUGCACACUAGACUACACCAAAGGAGACAUGGACUACAUUACCUAUAUGGGGGCCCUGACUGUCUUCUACCUUAUCUUCCCUGCUUAUGUCAUGAAGUCCAACUACGACGCCAUUCACGCACACUUCAAGAAGAUCCAGAAGCACAGGUGGAACACCAGCAUACCACUGAGGGUUCUGUUGUUCUGCUGGGGACCCUACGAAAUCAUGUGCAUCUACGCCUGCUUUGGCAAUGCCAGACUGGUCUCUCCAAAGCUGAGAAUGUUGCUUCCUGUUUUGGCGAAAACUAAUCCUAUUUUCAACGCGUGGCUCUAUUCCUUUGGGAAUGAGUUCUACAGAGGAGGGGUGUGGCAGUUCCUGACUGGCCAGAAGUUUACUGAGCCUGUCGUUGUGAAGUUAAAAGGAAGAUAAAGGAAGUUUUCCAUUCUGACAUUCUAAUUCCAUGGUUACACUACUGUACAGGCCAUGGAAUUAGAAUGUUCCAUUCUCACAUUCUAAUUCCAUGGUUACACUACUGUACAGGCCAUGGAAUUAGAAUGUUCCAUUCUCACAUUCUAAUUCCAUGGUUACACUACUGUACAGGCCAUGGAAUUAGAAUGUUCCAUUCUCACAUUCUAAUUCCAUGGUUACACUACUGUACAGGCCAUGGAAUUAGAAUGUUCCAUUCUCACAUUCUAAUUCUAUGGUACAGGCUAUAUCCAAACAACAUCCUCAUCAUGCACUCUCAUUGCAGUAGGUUUCACAUUGGAAGAAUGGUAUUUGUACAAGGUGGUGAACUUAUGUUAAUUGUUUAUUUAGCUGGCUUGGGAAACCAUGGGUCCAAUGUAGCUUGUCAAUAGCGGUAUGGUGGCUGACUCUCCAUUCAAAUAGACUUUGGGGAGAAGCACCUGCUAUUAGAUUGAAGGAUGUCUCAUGAUUGACUAGACGUAGGACACUCAGUAACCUAUGUUGUAAUACAAAUACCACAGUGCUCUUAAUGCCAUGUUCAUGCUGAGUUAUUUGAAGGUAAUACGACCAGAGAUCAACUUAAAAGUGGACCAAACUUAAGGUUCAAGUCAUGUUAAUGUAAUUCCGUUUUUUAAAAUAUUUGUUUUAUAGCCAAUAGCUUUACUUCUAGAAGUUUCCCUGAUGUAUCCCUCCAGCACUGUAAUAAACACAGCAAGGUAUUCUGCCA